AUGCCUCCCUCAGUAAUCGAAAUCGUGGAAUGGCCACACCCAAAGAUCCACAUUGCUGUUGACAAAACGUUCCUCGACAACGUCAAAUGUGCACGCGAUCCCCCCAUUGAGAUCUUGGACGACGACAACCAAGUUACACCUGAAUCAGAGAACAGACAAUCAGAGAAACGACCACCUACUUCUCAAAGAGACACAUCCAAACCAGCAAAAAAGGCACGAGUUACGUUCGCUGAAACGAUCACGAGCAGCAGCAGCAGCAGCAGUAGCAGCAGCAUGACAAAGGCCAACACCAACAGCAGCGUGACAAAGGCCAACACCAACAGCAGCGUGGCAAAGGCCAAGACCAGCAACAACGUGGCAAAGGCCAAGACCAGCAGCAGCGUGACGAAAGCCAAGACCAGCAGCAGCGUAAAGAAGACCAAUGCAAGCAGCAGCAAUAGCACACCAGCAACUUCGACCAAUAUCUACAAAUGGAGCAUUGUUGAAUUGGGUCCUGUACCACAUGCACACCAAAGUGGACCUCCUCGGAUGCCAGGUGGCGUGGAUGAAUACGCAGGACGCAAGACUGUAAAAGAAUGGUUGCAAGCAGAAAGCAAAUACAAGAAGGAUGUCAAACAAACCAGGGUGCCAGUAUACAAGAGUGGUGAUCGACAAAUUGCUCGAAUUGGUGCUGAAGAGGCCGACAUUGAUUUGACUCCUGAAGGAAAGCAACAUGGUGCACCUAUUGGGAAGUUGCCGGAUCAAUUGCUCAGCCUAAUCUUUCAACAAUGUUCCCACAUUCAAACAUUAUCAACGGUGGUGACCGUGUGUCGUCAAUGGCGUCGUGCUGGUUUGGAUCCAUUUGUGUGGCGUCAUGUUUCAGCCGAGCAAAUGUCACUUUUCGAGCAGAUUGUGCAAUGCGGCAAAAGUGAUAAACGACCUUUAGCACGACGACUCCAACAUACUGUUUCAAUCACAUUGGAUACGAUCAUAUACGCAUCUUGUCGGAUUCACAGCUUACCAAAGAACGCAAGGACGAUCUUUCCACGGCUAAAAGAAGUGUAUGCAACAUGGCAUCAUUAUGAGGAUUUGCUUCGAUUUAUCACUUGGAUCCCUGGCCUUGAAGUGAUUUGGGCUGAUCGCAUCAAAGUCAUGUCUCGUCAUCAGCAAAUGUUGAUUUUCUCCGAAUUCAAGAAGCACCAAAAGACAUUGAAAAAAUUGAGCAUGCGAUUCAGUGAAGGAUGUCCUGUGGAAGGUUAUUUGGACGAAUCACCGGAUGAACCCAACGUUCUGCCACGAACCCUUGAAGUGCUCGAAUUGGUGAAUAUCUACGACCCUGAUGAAGAGGAUCAUAUGAAGCAUCUACGUAAGGUACAAGAAAAGAUUACAAUGGAGGACCAACGUUCGGGAUACGCCCAACUUCAAGGAUCACUCAACACAAAGUAUCGAUCGAUUGGUCAAUUACACAACUUGCGAGCGCUUACUUUUGGUCGUUGCAAUGCAUGGACAGCUGAGAUAUGGCGAAAAUGUUUAUUACCUUGCGCACCAAAGCUGGAGUUUUUAUCAUUGGCUGGAUGGGAUAGCAGAGGACGUAUACAGGACACCCCUGAUGAACGAUUACAGGCACGGGAAAACUUACCUGGUGAACCACCUAUCAGCUUGGCAGAACGUGCUAUUGCAGACAGCAUUGCUCGCAUGAGUAAAAUACGACGUAUUCAGCUGGUCAAGUUUUAUAUCGGUCAUGGAAUCGUUCAAGGUGUCAAGCGGUUACUGCAUAAUAAUGAUGGCGACCUUGAAAUCGAAGCAGUCUAUGUCAAUGGCAAAAAAGCACGCAGCGGGAUGGCAAGAUUAGAGGCACUAGAAGGCACAAGCACAGAUCUAGAAAUUUACUUUCAAUGA